AUAAUAUGCUGUUUCUAAAUGCAGGUGAUAUUCCACAUCCCUCAGAGGUGAGGAUGGUGCUGCUGGGAUGCAGAACUGCUGGGAAGAGUUCAUCAGGAAACACCAUCCUGGGCAGAGAGGAGUUUGACCUGAAGGGAAGAACAGCUCAGUGUGUGAAGAGACAGGGAGAAGUAGCAGGCAGACAGGUCACAGUAGUCGAGGCUCCAGGAUGGUGGGGGAAUGUCAACCUCGAAGACACUCCUGAGCUCACUAAACAGGAGAUUGUGCUCAGUGUGUCUCUGUGUCCUCCAGGACCACAUGCUGUCCUCCUGGUCAUAGAAGUGGAUUCAUCCAUCUCAAAAGACAAGGGUUACAUAUGGACAGAAUACAUUGAGCUUCUCAGUGAGAGUGUGUGGAGUAACACCAUGGUGCUGUUCACUCGUGGAGACUGGCUGGAAGACACAACCAUUGAGAAGCACAUUGAGAGUGAGGGAGAGCAUCUGAAAAGGCUGAUUGAGAAAUGUGGGAACAGAUAUCAUGUCCUCAACAAUGAAAAUAGAGGUGAUGAUGCACAGGUUACACAGCUGUUGGAGAAAAUUGAAAACAUUUUCAAAGGAAACAGGGGCCAUCACUUUGAGAUGGACAGAAAGAGACUGGAGGAAACACAGGAAAAGAGGGAAAAAAUGGAAGAGAGAGCAAAAGAGAUGAAGAUGAAGGUGGAGAAGCAAAGACAACACCUCCAGUCAACGAAGUAUCGUGAUGAGCAUCCUAAGCUGAGAGUGAUGAUGUUGGGGAUGACAGGAAGUGGAAUGAGUAAAUCAGGAAACACCAUCCUGGGCAGAGAGGCAUUUAAGUCUGAAGCAUCGGCUUUACCUGUGACCAAGUGCUGCGAUAGUAAAAGUGGAUUUGUGGAAGGACGAAACAUCACUGUAAUUGACACACCAGCAAUCACAACAAGGAAGGCUGAAUGGCUGUUGGAAAAGGUAGCCCCAGGACCCCAUGUUUUCUUAUUGGUGAUUCCACUGCGUAGAUUCACGGAAGAGGAUGAAAAAGGAGUUAAGUGGAUCGAGAGUUACUUUGGCGAGGAGGCCCUGAAGUUCACCAUCGUCUUGUUCACUGGAGGAGACCAGCUAAAUGGAAAACCAUUUGAGGAUUUUCUGCGUGAGAGCUCCAAACUCCAAGCUAUUCUUGGUCAUGUGGAGGGAAGAUAUCAUGUCUUCGACAAUAGCUUUCCAGAAGAACGUUGCCAGGUGAGGGGACUCAUCAAGAAAAUCGAACAUGUACUGAUCAGUAAACUGGGCUAUGCCUACACACAUGAAGAGCGGCAAAAGGUGAAGACGGAUGUAAGACAAGAAUAUGAGAGAGAGAAAGAGAAUGCAGAAAGAACAAGGAUUCAAGAGCUGGAAAAGGUGAAGACGGCUGCAAGACAAAAAUAUGAGAGAGAGAAAGAGAAUGCAGAAAGAACAAGGAUUCAAGAGCUGGAAAAGAUGAAGUCUGCUUUAAUACAUGAAUAUGAGAGAGAGAAAGAGAAUGCAGAAAGAACAAGGAUUCAAGAGGAGAAGAAUAUGAGAGACAACCAGGCAUAUAAAGCAGGUAUUUGGAUGUUGCUGAUUAUUCUGAGCGUCCUGACAGCACUUGCUCUCAGGUUCCAUCACUAUCCUGAAGAUCCUGUUGAGCUUCCUGAGCUGAGAGUGAUGAUGUUGGGGAAGACUGGAACUGGAAAGAGUGCAUCAGGAAACACCAUCCUGGGCAGAGAGGCAUUUAAGUCUGGAGUAUCGCCUUUACCUGUGACCAAGUCCUGUGAUAGUCAAAGUGGAGUUGUGGAAGGACGAAACAUCACUGUAAUUGACACACCAACAAUCACAACAAGUAAGGCGUCAUGUUUGUCGGAAAAGGUAGACCCAGGACCCCAUGUUUUCUUAUUGGUGAUUCCACUGAGUAGAUUCACAGAAGUGGACGGGACAGAAGUGAAAUGGAUCCAAAGCAACUUUGGCGAGGAGACCCUGAAGUUCACCAUCAUCUUGUUCACUGGAGGAGACCAGAUGGAACAAGCAGACGCAGAGCAAUUUCUGAAUGAGAGCUCUAGACUUCAGACUCUGGUUAGUAGCACUGGUGGAGGAUAUCACAUCUUUGAUAAUAAAACCCCCAGAGGGCAUGGACAGGUCAAGGGGCUGCUGGAGAAGAUAGAGCUGCUACUGAGAAAGAACACGGGUUACUCGUAUUCCGAUGGCCUGCAUGAACAGGUGAAAACAGAUGUAAGGGAGGAAGAGGAGAGAAGAGGAAGGGGAGAGGAAGACAAGAGAAGAGGAAGAGGAGAGGAAGAGGCUGAAAAUUAUUGAGGAGUUGAAAAUCAUAAGCAAGAUUGAUGAUGCAAAAGCUACCUUGAAUGAAAUUAAUGGGGUCCUCAAGGCUACAACAGAGCAGAGGGGGAAUAAAACAGCUGAAAGUGAGGAAGAGGAGAAGAAGAGGA